AUGUUUGCAAAGACCUUGGUGUUGAACGGUGGAAUACGGCAAUCGAGUCGUGUGCUGCCUCAUGUUCGACUUUUCAGCUUGUUGCCGGGGAGACUGGUUGUGAGACCGCAAGGUAUCACAAAGAGCAUCGGAUCUGACUCUUUGGCUGUGAAUCGACUACGACUUCAAAGGGGAUUUUCGUUCAGUUCUCUGUUGAGAAAAGAAACAGGUGCAUCCAAAAAUGCUAAGAAUUCCAAGGAGACCAAAGAGGCUAAGGAGUCUCCGAAAGAGUCUGCUAAAGCCCCAAAAGAGCCAGCCUCUGAAGCCACUCCCAAACUCUCGCAGUGGAAAAUGGUGCUGGAAUUGAUGGCCUAUCUAUGGCCAAAGAACCAGCCGGCAGCAAAAUUCCGGGUAGUUCUGGCCCUGGCGAUGCUGAUUGCGGCAAAGCUGCUGAAUGUGCAGGUUCCCUUCUUCUUCAAGUCGAUCGUGGACUCGACCAACAUCGACUGGGCUACAGAGGGCGGUGUGUUACCAGCAGCCAUCAUAGCGGUGAUUUUGGCAUAUGGAGGUGCAAGAUUUGGUGCGGUUCUCUUUGGAGAAUUGAGGAACGCGGUUUUCGCCAAGGUUGCACAGAGCGCCAUCAUGAAGGUGGCCCAUAAUACGUUCGUGCACCUGUUGAACUUGGAUCUCAACUUCCAUCUCUCUAGACAGACAGGUGGUCUCACCAGGGCUAUAGACAGGGGUACCAAGGGUAUAUCGUAUGUUUUGACGGCAAUGGUGUUCCAUAUCCUGCCCAUCACUUUUGAAAUAUCGGUGGUCUGCGGUGUGCUGACUUAUAAUUAUGGAGCCCAAUUCGCGUUCGUGACGCUUGCAACAAUGCUGGCUUAUUCCAUCUUUACCAUCCGCACCACUGCGUGGCGUACUGGGUUCCGCAGACAGGCAAAUAAAGCAGACAACCAGGCUGCGAGUGUUGCUCUGGACUCUUUGAUCAACUUCGAGAGCGUCAAGUACUUCAACAACGAGGCUUUCCAGAGCUCCAAAUACGAUUUGGCUCUCGAAAACUACAAGAAUGCAUCCAUUAAGGUGGCCACUUCGUUGGCGUUCCUCAAUUCAGGCCAGAACCUGAUUUUCACUAGCGCGUUGACAGCAAUGAUGUACAUGGGCUGUCAAGGUGUUGCCUCGGGGGACCUCACUGUGGGUGACUUGGUACUGAUCAACCAGCUGGUGUUUCAAUUGUCGGUUCCAUUGAACUUUCUGGGAUCUGUUUACCGAGAAUUGAAACAGUCUCUACUCGAUAUGGAGUCCCUGUUUAAGUUGCAGAAGAACGAAGUCAAAAUCAAGUCUCUUACGAAUGCUCCUCCUCUCAAAUUGACCAAAGGCGGAGAGGUGAGAUUUGAAAAUGUCACUUUUGGCUACCAUCCGGACCGGCCCAUUUUGAACAAUUGUUCCUUUACAAUCCCGGCAGGACAGAAAGUGGCCAUUGUAGGGCCAUCUGGCUCGGGUAAGUCUACGAUUCUGAGACUGGCCUUCCGUUUCUAUGACGUCCAAUCGGGCAGAAUCCUGAUAGAUGACCAGGAUAUCCGCGAAGUCGACCUGGAUUCGUUGCGCAGGCACAUUGGUGUUGUACCCCAGGACACUCCACUUUUCAACGAGUCCAUUUUGGAGAACUUGCGUUACGGACGCCUGGAGGCUUCUGAUGAAGAGAUCAAGGAGACCAUCUCCCGAGUACAGCUGGACAAGCUUAUUGACGACUUGCCCAACGGAAUCGACACCAUUGUAGGAGAGAGAGGAAUGAUGAUAUCUGGAGGAGAGAAACAGAGACUUGCUAUGGGCAGAUUACUGCUCAAGGAUGCACCAAUAACGUUCUUCGACGAGGCCACUAGUGCCUUGGAUACCCACACAGAACAAGCAUUGCUGAAGACAAUGAAGGAUAUUUUCCGUAAGGGCUCCCGCACGAACGUUUCAAUUGCUCAUCGUCUCCGCACAAUUGCCGAUGCUGACAAAAUCAUCGUUUUGCAGAAUGGCCAGGUCUACGAAGAGGGUAGCCACUACCAGCUGCUGGAGAAGCCGGACUCCCUUUAUGCUCAGCUUUGGAACAUCCAAGAGAACAUUGAACUGGAAGAGUACUUAGAAGAAGAGCUCGAAGGCACCUCUAAAUAG